CUCCUGUCCCUCCAGACAGUCUCUGUAGCUCUGUCCACAAGCACAGCUGCAGCCUCCAGGAGGAGAUGCCAUGACCUUCACCUUCAUAGCCCUGCUCUGUCUGGGACUGAGUCUGCAACAUAGGACACCAGUGCUGGCAGGAACUCUCAAACCUAUCCUCAGUGUACAGCCAGACUCUGUGGUCUCUGUACAGACUACAGUGACAUUCUUAUGUGAGGAGACCACAGGAGCCCAAGAAUAUCGUCUGUACAAAAAUGGAAAUCCCAGGCUCCAAGAGAUUCCUCCAAAUCCUAAGAACAAGGCUGAAUUCUCCAUCUCAAAAAUAAGCUCUCAACAGGCAGGGCAAUAUACCUGUCAAUAUUGGACCUAUGGAGCAGGAUGGUCACAGCAGAGUAAUUCCCUGAAGCUGGUGGUGACAGGGGCCUACAGUAAACCCAGACUCUCAGCCCAGCCAAGCCCUGUGGUGACUGAAGGAGGGAAAGUCAACCUGCUGUGUGAAUCAAAUCAAUGGUAUCACAAGUUCAUUCUGACUAAGGAAGGACCACACAAGCAAUCCUGGACACUGGACCCAAAGUAUGACUACAAUACUAAGCAGUACUAUGCCCUGCGCCAUGUGGGUCCUGUGACCUCCAACCAAAGGUGGACAUUCAGAUGUUACAGCUUUGACAGUAAACAACCACUAGUGUGGUCAGAACCUAGUGAUCGCCUGGAGCUCCUGUUCUCAGGGACCCUCCACAAACCCACCAUCAAGGCUGAGCCAGGCACUGUGGUCGCCUACGGAAGCCCCAUGAACAUCUCAUGUCAGGGAACCCAGGAUGCAGAAAUGUGUUUUCUGCAUAAGGAGGGAAGCCAACAAACCUGGGGUACACAGACCCCAAAGGAGUCUGGAAACAAGUCCACGUUCUCCAUUCCUUCUGUUGCAGACUACAGUGGGGGGAAUUAUCGCUGUUACUGUUAUAGCUCAGCUGGCUGGUCAGAGCGCAGUGACACCCUGGAACUGGUGGUGACAGGAUUCUAUGACAAUAAACCACGCCUGACAGCACUGACCAGACCUGUAGUGACCUCAGGAGGGAACAUGACUCUCCAGUGUGUCUCAUGGGUAGGAUAUCACAACCUCAUUCUCACCAAGGAAGAUCAGAAGUUCCUCAGCUCCCUGAACUCACAGUACAAUCGCAGUAUUGGGCAGUACCAAGCCUUGUUCUCCAUAGAUCAUGUAACACCCAACCACACAGGGACAUUCAGAUGCUAUGGUUACUACCAGCAAAGGCCACAGCUGUGGUCAGUACCCAGUGAGCCCGUGGAAAUACACAUCUCAGGCCUGUCUAAGAAGCCCUCUCUGCUGACUCACCAAGGUCAUAUCCUGGACCCUGGAAAGAACCUCACUCUGCAGUGUUUCUCUGACAUCAACUACGACAGAUUUGUUCUGUACAAGGUGGGAGAAACAGACUUCACCCAGCUCUACGGCCAGAGGACCCAGUCUGGACUCUCCUUCACCAACUUCACACUGGACCUUGUGAGCCGCUCUACUGGAGGUCAGUACAGAUGCUAUGGUGCACACAAUGUCUCCUCUGAGUGGUCAGUCGCCAGUGACCCUGUGGACAUCCUGAUCACAGGACAGCAUCCUGACAGACCUUCCAUCUCAGUGAAGCCAAACUCCACAGUGCAGUCUGGAGACAACGUGACCCUGCUGUGUCAGUCAACAUACACAGCUGACACUUUCAUUCUGUCCAAGGAGGGAACAACACACCAACUCCAGAAAAUGAAAUCCAAGUCACAAGAUGGGGAGCUCCAGGCAGAAUUCUCCAUGAGUGCCGUGACCUCUGCCCACUCAGGCACCUACAGGUGCUAUGGUUCCCAUGACUCAUCUCCCUACAUGUUAUCAUAUCCCAGUUUCCCUGUGGAGCUCUCUGUCACAGGUCACAUUGGAGCCUCCAGCCCACCACCCUCAAGUCCCUUGCCAACAGCUGCUACAGCCUUAGAGUACAAGGAUCACACAGUGGAGAAUCUCAUCAGGAUGGGGAUUGCCGUCCUGGUCUUAAUAGUCCUUGGGAUUUUAGUCUUUGAUGCUUGGGGCAGCCAGUGCAAGGCCCACCAUGAAGCUAAGAAGUAAUGAGAAUCUAAAUAAGUACAUCUCUCAAGGUUCCAGAGUCUGUGAAAUCAGUCUUAUGAUCCCACUGUCUGUAAGGUUUCCAGUUCUCACACUAAGGGACUGGUAGGAGAGAAUGUCCAGGGAGCAAAUGUGAUUUGGGUGCAGAGGAAGGUGUGCGUGUUGAGAGGAGAGCCUUCAUCGGCAAAUGAAUUUAGAUCCUUCUACCUACUGUGGGCAUUUGCUGAUGAUCCAACUCUUUUCUGAGUCUUUAUCAUGAGGAAUAUGCUUCCCAGUUUGUCUGGCUUGGGUCCUCAUUUCUGCACAUUUUUUUCACUCUCUCUGAUGAGUCAUAUUUCUAUUUUAUAUAUUGCCACAUGUUCUACAGAUAGGGCCUCUAUCUGUUGUCUAGAAACAAAGAAGUUGCAUGAAAACAAAACUGAUAACUGAAGUCAGAGCCCAGAAUUAAAUCCAUCUGUCUACAAUGCCCCAAAACACUUUCUAUGUACAUUCAAUCUUUCAGUCUACAACAGGUAUCAUUCAUGGAAUUUCUCUGGAAAUAUAAAGCCAAUGUUACCUCAUGCUGGAUUAACGACUAUCUGUCCAGGGACGGACAGACACACCUAAAAGUUUUUCUCAACACAGAGUCCUUAUGUGGCACUUUGUUUCCACUCUACAUGACAUCAUCAAACACACCUUCACAAUAGCAACGUAACAUCACAAGUGUGAGUUUGGGAGUGUGGCAUGAAAUUGAUGUGGUUUUUCAUUACAUUCUCCACACUGUAAUAUUUACAUGUGCAAAAGACGCUGGCAUACUGAUCAAUAAUCCCAGAAUCACUUUGCUAUGAUGACUUAUCAUACAAUGAUUAGAAAUAUAUGCAUAGACAAUCAUGUUAUCUUAAAACGAUGCUAUCUUAUUCAUUUCAGUCUAUCUCAAUUUUUUGCCCAUACUGCAAAUGCUCUUUUACUGUCUUCUGUUUGUGUAUUAGCUAACUUUCCAAGUACAAAGCUGAAGACGUGUGAAGAGAGGAGUGACUGUUUCCUUCUUCGGGAUUUAAUACAAAAUGUCUGCUUUCUCAUCAUUCAGUAUGAUGCUAAUUUUGGGGUGUCUGAUACAUGAACUUAUGGUGACU